CAGUUGAUGUGUUAACAUUCAACAAUGAAGAAGGAGAUUUUCUUUUUGGGAUUUGUUUGGUAUUUUUGUGUUGUUGGGGGAUAUGAUAGAGGUAUUGAAGAAAUAUAUUACUGGCGUGAAGUGAACUAUGAAAAUCUACCUCUUAAAGAUGACACGUAUAUUGGACCAUAUCCCUAUCACAUUCCUAUCAACAACAACGUCCUAGGAAUAGCGUAUCAUGCUCAAAGUGGAUUAAUGGUGACCUCAGUUGCACGCCUACGUCCAGGAGUUCCAUCUGCAAUUAAUGCCUUCUGUGUUGCCGAUUACGAUCAAGGAACUAGCCCUCAUCUUUGGGGAUUUCCUGAUUACGAGAAGAACACAUUGAAGGAAGAGUUUUACGCUGGUGGAGACCAAAGUCGGAAAUUGAACAAGCAAGACAAGUACUCAGAGAACUAUUACAAUCACUACCAGGAUAAAUACUACAAUGACUUCAGCAUAAUCUCAUCAUAUCACCCAAUUGUGGAUGAUCGUUGUAAUCGUCUAUUUGCCCUAGACACAGGAGUACUUCGUUAUGGACCAAAUGGACCAAUUUACUAUGUUCAAAAUCCAUCUCUUAUUGUUUUUGAGCUACCACCUCAUGGAUGUGAUACUAGAUAUUUCCCACUUAGUCGAAGGGUAGAAUUUCCUAAUCAUUUAUGGGAGGAUCCAAUAGGAUUCCUCUACAUCGCACUAGAUUACCAGCCAAAAGGUUCUUGUGAUGAUCUCUUUCUCUAUAUUACAAAUGUGUUUGAUGCCAGAGUUAUUGUCUACGACUAUAAACGAGGGGAUUUCUGGUACUUUGCGGAUCCCUCAUUUAGACCGUAUAUGGCAGAGGCUUAUAUGGUUUUUAACAAAAAUUUUGAAUACUAUUUUCCCAUCGCGGUCACAAAUUUAGCUCUUGGAUGGCAAGAUAAGGAUGGUGACAGGAAUGCUUACUACGGUCCGGAAGCAAGUUUUGCGGAAUAUGUUGUAUCCACUAAACUUCUGAAAAAUUCCAAAAAAGCCCCUUAUAAAUACAAACCCGGAGAAUUUGAACUUAUCGGUUACAGCGGUUGUCGUUCUCAAACCUGCCGACAAUUCUUUGAUCUUUCUUCUGGAGUGUUAUUUUUUGCGGAAAUACAGUCAAAUAGGGUUCGCUGUUGGAAUACCCAACUACCUUUGAAUCCGGAUACAAUUGGGGUUGUUAUGGAAUCAGAUGUCCUACAAUACGUUUCUGAGAUUUUUGUAGAUCCAGAAGGUUUUCUCUGGUUUCAUUCUUGCCAACUUCCUCUACUUUUCCACAGUGAAAUACCCCUUGAUAUAACCAAGAAAACCUCUAGGUCCUUCCGCGUGAGAGCAACGGAUGCCAUCAAGGGAACGGUGUGCGAUCUUUCGAAUAAGUACUACCGUAGUGAGUUUGAGUUUCCUUAUAACAAUGGAACUAUCGAAUAUUUGUAAUAUUGCUUUAUGAUUUAUUUUUAUUCUAAACUUCAAUAUUUUUAUUUUAAUUGACCUUUCUUUUAAUGCAACAAAACCUCGACACAGUUUAAGCCCUUUUCAAUCUGAGAUCUUUUUUGCGAAAGCUCAAAAAAGAAAACGAAAGAUCUUGAUGUCCAAAAAGAAAUAUUGCUUUAAAUUAGUUAUGCAAAUUGGAUAGAAUCAUUCACCGGAUGACAUCCAGUUUGGAAUUCUGCUGUUUUUUUCUUUAUAUACUUUUGUAGAUCGAGAAGUGAAGGUAAAAAAAAAGUGGAAGUAAUUUGUCUUUUCAUUCAAACUUUUUUAUGAAUAUUGAGAAAUAUAUAAUUAAUGGAAUAAACUUAAAUAAAAACACAAUCAAAAUAAUACAAA